AUUCUCUACACAAAAACUCUCUCUAACUUUGGGCUUCUCUCGGAAUUUUGGCUAGUUUUUGAAGAAAAUGGAGGAUUAUGUCAACAAUCCCGCAAAUAUGCAUGAUUUUAGUUUAAUGAAUACGAAAGCCUUUGCGAACCUAAAAGGCUCUGGCGGUAACAUAUGGGAAGUCUUUGAAGUUUUAGAUGAUGCCCGACGUGCUAUUUUCAGAAAUACCGUCUUUGGCUAUUUUAUUGAUGUCCCUCGUUUACAAGGGGACGCUUUAUUGUUUCAUAAAAUGUUCCUUCAUCAGAUCCGGCCGGACCCUGUUUUAUCUCCAGAUGGAAUAAAACGUUUAUAUUUUCGAGUAGGCAAUACCAAAAUGGUUUAUGGGCCGGAAGAGUUUUGUUUGAUUACCGGCUUCAAUUUUGGGGAGUAUCCAAAAAACAUUGGGAGAAAAGGGUCAGAAAAAUUAAUAAGCAGUAAAAAAAGAUGUUUACUGCGUGAACGGCUAUUUCCGGACCAUACUAAUAGUUCGGUGAAAAUCGGCGACCUGAAAAGUUUAAUUUUAAAUCAAACAUUCCUAGCACUUGACGACCUUGAUGCAGUUAGAGUAUGUUUGAUAUACAUUUUGUGUGAAGGUUUUUUGGGCAAAGAAGUUAACGAUCGGGUGCCACAAGAUUGGUUUUAUUUGGCUGAGAAUUUGGAUCUCUGGAAUAGCUUCGCUUGGGGUAGCUAUCUAUGGGAUUUUACUUAUGUUGACCUUGAGGAUCCGUGGAAUAAGAUACAUCAUUAUUUAUCACUUCCUGAGCGUGGUCAAACUUUAAAGUAUUCCGUCUCAGGAUUUACGGCUCCAAUUAGGAUAUGGAUAUAUGAGAUGAUUCCGGCUGUUCGUGCAUGUGGAUUUGCAUUGAGAAAAAAUAAAGACUUGCCUCGGAUGAAAAGAUGGAGCGGAACAAAAAAAUUGAAAUGGGUUGACGUGAACAAGAUUUGGUCAAAGAUGCAUGUUUAAAAAUAUUUCGUUUAUUAUUAAUAAAGUUGAUUAUUAUAGUUUUAUAUGCAUUUUUAAUAUGUUUAAUUUUUUAGGAGGGGCUACCACCAAGACAAAACAUGUUACCGGGUGAUGGUGAGAUGACAUCUUUUUAUUAUAUGUCAUUUCAAGAGUAUGUAUAUGGUGAAGGGAAAGCAGUUCCAUCCCCAGUACGGGACCAUUUUAGGAGACAAGACGAAUCUUCGUCUAGUAUGUCGUCCAGUGGUCGCUCUCAUGGUAGAGGUCGGGGCAGUGGGAAACACAAGCUAUAAG